AUGAACCAGCGAGGCUUCAGCCAAACAGGAACCCUGGCGGAAGGCCAGGGUGGGACAGGAGGAACGGACCAGCGAGGCUCCAGCAGUUCAGGAAUCCUGGCUGAGGGCCAGGGUGGGACCGGAGGAACGGACCAGAGAGGCUCCGGCGGUCUUGGAGUCCUGGCUGAAAACCAGGGUGGAGCCGACUGGGCAGGCAGCAAGGGCGGUGCCUGCAUCAAAGACAGAGCCGACAUCAAGGAUGGAGCUGGCAGGGCAAGGAGCUUGAGUGGUUCUGGCAGGCCAAGGGACUUAGGUGGUGCCGGCAGGGCGAGGAGCUUGGGAGGCGCUGACAGGGCAAGACACAUGGACGGAGCCCCCCAUCAAGGCUUCAUCGGCCACCUCCGGGGAAACUGCAACCUCUUCGGCCACCACUGGGGCGCUGCAGUCUCUUCAGUCACCACCGGGGGUGCUGCAGCCUCUUUGGACGCCACUUCUGGAGGCGUUGCAGCAUCAUCAGCUGUCACAGGGGGGCGCUGCAGCCUCUUUAGCUGGGGGACGUGCCAGGAACUCCACAAAUCCCCGAACGUCUGCAAAUACUACCUGUGUGACUUUUGCCCCGCUGAACUCUUCACAAACACACGAUCAGACUUGGGUCCUUGUGAAAAAAUCCAUGAUGAAAACUUGAGGAAAAUGUAUGAGAAGAGCUCCCGCUUUAUGAAGGAAGGAUAUGAGCGAGACUUCCUGCGGUACCUGCAGAGUCUCCUGGCCGAGGUGGAGCGCAGGAUUCGGAGGGGCCAUGCGCGUUUAGCCCUGUCUCAAGCCCAGCAGAACUCUGGAGCACCGGGUCCAUCUGGGAAGAACGAGGAGAAAUCUCAGGUCCUCACCACGAAGAUUGAGGAGCUUGUUCUUCAGAUUGAGGAGUUGGGCUCGGAGGGCCGUGUUGAGGAGGCGCAGGGCAUGAUGAAGCUGGUGGAGCAGCUGAAGGAGGAGCGGGAGCAGCUCAAUUCCACUCCUUCAACGAUUGAGAGCUUUGCAGCUCAGGAGAAGCAGAUGGAGGUGUGUGAAGUGUGUGGCGCUUUCCUCAUAGUUGGUGACGCUCAGUCCAGAGUGGAUGAUCAUCUAAUGGGCAAGCAGCAUAUGGGAUAUGCCAAAAUCAAAGCCACGGUCGAGGAGCUGAAGGAAAAGCUGCAUCGGCGCUCAGAGGAUCCGGAGAAGGAUGAGCGAGGCAAGAAGGAGAAGGAGGACCGAGAGCGUGAAAGGGAGGAGCGUGAGAAGAAACGCAAAGAGGAGGAAGAGAGAGAGAAAGAGCGAGAAAAGGAGAAGGAGAGAGAGCGGGAGAAGGAGAGGGAACGUGAGCGGGAGAGGGAGAGGGAACGGGACAGGCGCAGGAGGAGUCACUCCAACAGCAGACACUCCAGCCGCGCGUCAGACCGCCGCAGGAGCCGCUCAAGAGACAGGAAGAGGUCCAGGAGUAAGGAACGUGACCGGAAGCGCAGCAGGUGCGCAACUCUCACAGCUCCUAGACACACGACAAGCCAGCCGGCACCGGGUCCAUCUGGGAAGAACGAGGAGAAAUCUCAGGUCCUCACCACGAAGAUUGAGGAGCUUGUUCUUCAGAUUGAGGAGUUGGGCUCGGAGGGCCGUGUUGAGGAGGCGCAGGGCAUGAUGAAGCUGGUGGAGCAGCUGAAGGAGGAGCGGGAGCAGCUCAAUUCCACUCCUUCAACGAUUGAGAGCUUUGCAGCUCAGGAGAAGCAGAUGGAGGUGUGUGAAGUGUGUGGCGCUUUCCUCAUAGUUGGUGACGCUCAGUCCAGAGUGGAUGAUCAUCUAAUGGGCAAGCAGCAUAUGGGAUAUGCCAAAAUCAAAGCCACGGUCGAGGAGCUGAAGGAAAAGCUGCAUCGGCGCUCAGAGGAUCCGGAGAAGGAUGAGCGAGGCAAGAAGGAGAAGGAGGACCGAGAGCGUGAAAGGGAGGAGCCUCCAUGUCCAUGUCCGUUUAUUGUUUAUCUCACAGAGCACAAGGACUCCUCAGAUGAGAAAAGGAGCAGCAGAAAGGGCUCGGUUGAAAAGUCUAAUGAGCUCUCCAAGCCCGAGUCCAUGGAGGCGGAGCCUCCCAAAGCGGAAGUGAACGGCACCGCGCAAGAGCUACAUUCUGAAGGUGACACACAGUCCAAUUAAAACUGAUCUGAUAGGACCUCAGAUCAGCCCCAGGGGGAGUUUGAACAGCUGCGAGAGGAAGACCCGAAGACCUCCAUCCGACAACUCACCUCCGCUGCUUUAAAACAAGGUGAACCACAGAUGUAGUGGCCUAUAUGAUAAAGAUGUAAAUGUAAAACGGUCCCCUUUUCAGUGUUUCCACAGGACCCUUCGUGUUUUUUCAAUUAUGUUUGUUUGGUUUUCUUUGGUCUCACUGCUAUGAGCUGGCGUAGAUGCACAUGCAGGUCCACCAUUAUUUCUGUCAGUAUGCAUUCAGAAUGAAUCAAAUACUUGUGACAUGUUUGCUCUGUACAGUCCGCUCUCACUUGACACGUUAGAAAUAUUGACGAUCGGUUCUGCUCGGUAUUUUGACUGGAAGCCUUAAAGGUCUCUAACUGGCUUUGGUUUUCCCCUCUGUAUGCUAAAUCCCAAAUCUUUACACGGUUUUAGUUUAGAGAAGUGUUUUCAUUUUGUUCCAGUUUAAAAAAAACCCUGUAUUUGUCCUGAAUAAAAAUGA